AUGGUCGCUUUAAAGAUUCCGAGCACGCAGCUGCACGACUUCUGUGACGGCAUGCAAUUUCCCAAAGCUGAUGCUUGGAAGAAGAAGGAGGUGAUGGGCAUGUUCACGUCCAAGAAGAUCAGCCCAGGCGAUUUCAAGCCUGCAGCAAGCACCUGCUUGUGUUUGUACCCUCUGCUGCGCUUGUUCUUCAUGAGCAAGCCAGACAUCCUCGCAAGGAUGACAGAGGAGGCCAGAUCCUGUCCCAACCUGUGUGCUGUGCUGGACUAUCUCGUCCUUGGAUCCGGUGACUCCGAAGUUUCACAUGACCAUGCACCUGCCCCUGAUGCUGAAGAGAUUCCAGCCAGUGUGGCCCAUGAGAUUUGGCGAAGCCGAAGCCAUUUCCACAAGGUGUUUGGCAUUUUCGAUCAGAUGUGCAUCCGCGGGCCAGAAGUGCCAGAUCAGGUCGGCGAUGACCGGGUGCUGGUUGCACCGUGA